AAGGAAUUUAUGACUAGUCUGCACUACCGAUUUUCAAAAAUUUUAAUGAAAUUCUUAAAAAGUUGUUAUGAUUUGACUUAUUUCUAUUAUAUACAAGUAUAAAUCAUAACAUCUUUCAAAGAGUAUAUAUCAUGCCUUCGUACUUUUUAUAAUAUACCUCUUGAUCAUAGAUAUUAGGAUUGUUUAAUCAGAGCAUAUAAUUGAAAUUCUUCUGGUUUAAUAACGUUGGUAAAUUCUAUAGAAUAAAAUAAUCUUCUACCAUGAGUCAUCUAUUACUCGGCAGCAUUCUUUAAAAUUACUUCAGGAAUGUUUUUGCUGCUACACAACAACAUUCUUCUAUUACAGUUAACGAAAUGACACAUCAGUUCUAAACAUAAAUAAAAAUAAAUAUAUCCGCACGUGUGACUGAAAAAAUGACUAACCUACGAAAAGAACUAGAAAAAUGUAAACAUCCAAAUAGUCGGAAAACAAAAGCUUUAAGCAAGAAGGCACGGCGUCAGAAUAACAAACACAAAGCGCGAAUGGGUCAUGCAAUUAAAAGUAACAUAAUGGGCGAGAAAUUAAAUUGGUUUUUGGGAAAAAUCGAUGAGGACAGGACAAAGCCACUAACACCACAGGAAUUUGAAGAGUUCGUAGCUUUGUACCUCAAGCGUUUUGAUGAAGAACUCGCACAAAUUGCGCUUAAACAAUCAAUUAGCAAGAACCGCUCUAAACAGCACGCAGCUCGGGAGGAUGUUAUCAAAAUUACUUUGGAAAGAGAGCGAAAUGAGUACCAAAGUGGAGGCAUGGAGCUACUAAACCUCUGCGAUCCUGUAAAAUUUAAAUCGCUAAUGGAUUGGGAUGGUAGUGCGCUCAAUGUUCAACAUUUGAAACUAGAUCUUGUUUCGUAUAAAAUGCUGCAGCGUCUGAAAAGCGCAAACACCACAAAUAGCAAUGAGGAUAAUACUGUUAAUGCACCUCCUGCUACAAUUAGCAUUUCUAAUACGGAAACCAUGGAAUUGGCUUAAAUAAAUGUAUUGAAACAAAA